AUGGAAUACGACCCAAGCCAGGAGAAGAUAUUAUCUUCAAACGAGAUUGGAGCCGAAGAAGGUUUUGCUGGCGACGAAGACAGUGGCUGGGUAGACACGCAUCAUUUUGGUCACGAAGGGGGAGAGAUGAAAAGCGUUGAAUUAGGAGCAACGGGAGCUGAUAGCGGUAACGAUGACGGUGAUGCUGAUGAAGAUGAACCGGCUAUGGAUCUCGAUGAUUUCGUCGAAUCUGGCGGCCUUGAAGAUAUUGACCCUAAUAGGUACAUCGCUUCUCAUUCUGCACCAGUAGCUGAAGUCGAGAGACCCCGAACAUAUGAUCUACAUAUUACUUAUGACAAAUACUACCAGGUUCCGAGAUUAUUUCUCAUGGGGUAUGACGAGAAUCGGAAGCCUUUGACCGUUCAGCAAACAUAUGAAGAUUUUUCAGCCGAUCAUGCGAAUAAAACCAUUACCGUUGAAUCGCAUCCACAUAUAGAUUGUGACAUGCCGACCAUGAUGAAGCGCUUACUCGAUCAAUUAGCCGAAAAUGGCAAAGAACUUGGAGUGCACGAAUAUUUGCUAAUCUUCUUGAAAUUUGUUCAGACUGUCAUUCCAACAAUCGAGUACGACUACACGCGAUCCAUACAAUUGUGA